GCAAAAAAAAAAAGUUUUCAUGUUUUUAUUAUUUUUUUCAUAGGAAUAUUUUUUAUAUUUUUAUGAAAUCUUAGGCCAAACAAGUUGUACUCACAAAUUUGUAACAUCUGAAUUUUUAUUUAUAUCUGAAUUUAUAUUUGUAGAUAUUUACAAAUUAGCGCACAAAAAAAAUUUCUGCUUAGUUUUAGUUUUUGGUGGGCUUAGUUCUUGAAUCUAAAAUGGCUGAGUUUCAAAAUCAAUAAUGAGCUUCUAAGUCACAUAUGUAAAGCCCAUAAUAACAUGAUCGACAUUUGAGAAGGAGAGACGGAGGUUGGACGUCGGCGAGAGCGUGACGACGACGGGAUGAAAGCCGGCAACUGCUUCCGAUGCCGUAAAACUGGCCACUGGAUCAGCGACUGCCCUCUCAAAUUCAAUGCCGAAGACGAUCCUCCACCUCCGUCGAUCCACUGUCCUUGCGGUGGAGGUCUCUGUGAAAUCAAGCUCUCGAACACUCACGAGAAUACCGGAAGGAGAUUCUACAAGUGCCCUGCUGCUCAGAAGUGUACAUUCUUCAAAUGGUGUGACGAAGCAACCGAUGAAGAUAUCAGAUUCCGCCCUGCCUUCACCAUCCCUGAUUGCCCCUGCGGCUCUGGACCUUCCCGGAGAGUCGUAGCUGAUUCUGGACGAGCUUACUUGGAAUGCGGCGUUAGAAAGGGUUUUGGGGCUUGUGGAUUCUUCAAAUGGGUUGAUGAUGUUGAGAUGCCUCCGAGGUGUGAUGAUGUCGCAGCUGAUGAGAUUGGUUUCUGGGCGGAAGCUGAUCUUGUUUUGAGUGAUGUGGAAAGCAGCUUCCUGGCUGCUGGUGUGCCGGAGAAUACAGAGGAGGACUCCUCUGUUUCUGAUGUACAUUCUGCUGCUCCUGUGAACCAAGAGAAACUACAUGGUGGCGAUUGUGCUCUUUCCAAGUUGCGUGUGGAUGAAGCAACGAGUGGUUUGGUCAGAGAUACGGUUUCUAGGAAACGUGAGAUCAUAUGCUAUGAGCAGCCUGUUGAUAGAACUGGUGAAGUAGCUGAGUGGUCACUCCCCAAUUUGCAAGACCUAAUGGAGCAAUACAACUCAGAGAAGCUUCAGCUGGAGAGUGUUUCAGGGAAACAUGCACAAGUGUUGAGUGAGUUUAUGAGUUCGUACAGUCGACUGAGGCUACUUCAUGAGAAGACUGGUCAACUCAGGAAACUGUUACUUGAGACGGAGAAGGAGAUGGUUUGCUGUGAGUCCGAGACGUUAGAGCUUGGAGCGAGUUGCCGGGAAGUGGCUGGAGAGAUGGCUGAGUCUCAGAAUAGGAUGCAGGUGAUGGCAGCGAUACUAGGAGAUGAAGUGGAAUUGUUGAAGCGGAAAGAGUUUGUUGGUACGAAGAGAAGAAGAUGCUGAGACUGCAUGGUAGUGUCGUUGUAAGUGUUGGAAUGUAACUAUUACUGGUUACACUUAUUUUAGCCAAGUAAUUAAUAAACUUAGUUAACUCCUUCAACACUUUCGACUGUACCAUAUCAGGUAACUUGUACAAACUAGUUGGAUUAAGGGAUUAAUUUUUUUUUCA